AUGCUUCAAACGCAAAUAUUGUGGAUUGGCGAAAUAACAGCAAAAGCAGAUCUAAUAAUUUGGUAUAUCCAAGAUCUGAUGGAGGAGCUUCAAUUACCGAAUAAUCAAGAAGAGGCUGAUAUGUUCAUGUCAGUAAUAAAAUCUAGGAUGAGAGAAAUAAUACGUGAGCAUCAUUCGAUGUACAAACUUCUGAAAAACUAUACCACAGUUUACAAAAAAUUACUUAUGUUUGAACAAAAAGCUGCCGGUCCUGUUGUAUGUCUUACCGCCUACUGCAUCGCUGAGGUAAGAUCAAUUGGCGAUGCUUGUCUGGAUAUUCCUUUUUGGAAUAUUGGCCGAGUUAUUCGACCUUACAUGGUUUUAAUAAUGCAAAAAUCAUUACGACCACUUCAACUCAGUGCCCCUGGUUUCGAUGAAGUAUCUGUUCAGACAUUUUCUAACAACAUGGCAGCAGCUUAUUCUUAUUUCAACAUGUUGCGACAGACAAACAUUUAA